AUGUCUAUUGACGAGUUUAUUCGGGAUACAAAAGACCGGUUAAUGAGGGUUGACGUAUUACAUUUGUCUCCGCCCUGCCAAUACUUCUCGCCAGCACAUACGCGCGAAUCUAUCCAUGAUGAAACCAACGUUUGCGCCCUCUUUGCGUGCCGCGAAUUGAUCAACAAGCUACGGCCACGCCUGGUUACGCUCGAGCAGACAUUUGGCAUCACGCAUGAACGGCAUCACCAGUAUCUGAGAGGCCUGAUUGGAGACUACACUCAACUUGGUUACUCGGUUCGGUGGAAAGUGGUCAGACUCUGUACCUGGGGUUUAGCACAAGAUAGAAAGCGCCUGAUUAUUCUUGCAGCCGCCCCAGGGGAGAGAUUACCUCCUUUCCCCAAGCCUACCCAUUCCGAGAAUGGAACUGGCGGCUUGAAGCCGUAUACAACUAUUCGGAAAGCAAUUGGCUCUAUCUGUGUUGGUGAUGAUCUACACAAUCUCGACAAUGUCAAGUAUUAUCGGCCACGUCGGGCGCCGCUUGAUCCAGAUCGGCUGGCAGGCACCAUCACAACAGGAGGCAGCGAAGUAUACUACCCGGACGGUACAAGAAGUCUUACUCUCCGUGAAUAUGCCUGCAUUCAGGGAUUCCCAAAGUGCCACAAGUUCAUUGGGACGAAAACAAGCAUUAGGAGACAAAUCGGCAACGCGUUUCCUUCCAAUACCGUGCGGGUGUUGUACCGACAUCUGGAAGAUUGGCUUCUGCAGCAAGAUGGAAUGACUCGAUAUCAACCGAUAGCCGAUGACGUCCUCGUUGUCGACGACUCUGACAACGACAACUCUGAUGAUUAUUCGCGCUGGCAAACAUCACCUGGGGCGCCGUCGUCUCCUGAGAUGGAUGAAGAUAUUAUGGAACUUGAUUGCCCACGAGAAAGGUUUCGGAAUAAUUUCCGCAGACGCAGCUCCUUUGUCGACCUCACAUGA